AUGGCCAAUAUAAACGACCAUGAGCUAGACGCUAGGAACACGGGCGCCGAUAUCGACGACACAAGUAAUGUAGACCUGCAGAGUCUGCCACCAGUCGACGGCGGCAAGGCUGCCUGGCUCACACUUACAGCAUGUUUCUUCCUUGAAGCCACUGUCUGGGGGUUCCUCCAUUCCUACGGUGUCAUGCAGGACUACUACCUCCAGCACGAGCCAUUCAUGGGCCAGCCCGGCCCUCUUGCCGCCGUGUCCACCACCGCCACGGCGAUCAUGCUCUUCGGCUCGCCAUUCAUCUCCCUGAUCCUGCAACGAUUUCCCAACCUCAGACGCGUAGGGGGUUGUGUUGGCCUGGCCAUUAUGUUCUCCGGGCUCCUCAUCGCGUCUUGGACCAGCUCUUCAAUGGUAGUGUUGUGGACUCAGGGUGUCAUGUAUGGUAUCGGCGCCUUGCUGGUCUACUUUCCAGCCAUGUUCUUGAUCGACGAAUGGUUUGUGGAGCGCAAAGGCUUUGCGUUUGGAAUCUCCUGGGCUGGCACCGGAAUUGGCGGUGCUUCUACGCCGUUCUUCUUGCAGUGGCUGCUGAAUACGCGGGGUCACAGCACGACUCUGCGUGUGUGCGCGGGAUUAAUUGCUGUGACUGCGCUGCCAUGCGUCCUCUUCAUGAAGCCCCGGAUCCCAGUACGGGGUCCCCGACGGCUUCGACCAGUAGAUUUAGGCUUCGUCAAGGGAAAGAAGUUUUGGAUGUAUCAAUGCCCUAGCAUUGUUCAGUCCAUCGUCGCUCCGAUUCCCAGUCUAUGGCUGCCCUCCUUCGCAUCGUCAAUGGGCAUGGCUGCAGCAGCAGGCCCGCUGUCUCUCUCUCUACUGAAUCUUGCCUCAUGCUGCGGGUUCAUGCUCCAAGGACGACUUGUCGAUCGCUACCAUGUCAGUUGGGCCAUCCUGAUGGCUACCCUCGGCUCCACCAUAGCCGUGUUCGGUUUUUGGGGAUGCAGUACCCAUGAGGCCAUGCUGUACGUCUUCGCGAUCCUCUUCGGGCUGUUUGGAGCUGGGUACCCUGGUCACUGGAUUGGUUGUGCGUCAGAUAUGAAAAGGACUUUCCCGAAUCUGAGCACAGGUUUAGUCAUCUCCCUACUUUGUGCUGGGAAAGGCGUGGGCAGCAUCCUGGCUGGUCCAGUCAGCGAGAAGUUGUUGUCGAUGAAGCCAUGGCAUGACUCUGCAUUGGCUUAUGGAUCAUCAUAUGGCACGACCAUCAUUUUCACAGGUACAUGUGUGUUUCUGGGAGGUGCUGGUGCGCUGAAGCGACCUCGUACGUGUGAUACACAGAGAGCUCUAACAGGCCUGUGCUGGUCCGAGUUCCGCCCGCUGCGUACUCAAGGCCUCAUUGUCACUUCUGAGAUUUAUCUUGUCAGCAGAACAACUAUGGCCGGCAACCAGGAUGGAUUACCGAAAUACACGAAAGUCCAGACAGCAGUACAUGAUACUACAUCUCGUCCGAAAGAGACCUCGAAGCCAUGGGGAUUUGAUCGAAAUCGCAGUUGCUUCUGGAUGAUUUUGUCCCUCCUGAGUGGCGUAGCCUUGACCGUCGGCCAUCACUUCUUCUACGCUAGGUUUGACGGUCAGCCAGUCGACGAGGCUUCGAUUGACCAGACGUGGAUCAUUCGAAUAGGUACCGUGUUUGCUUUUGUCGCCAAAACGCUGCUCGUCGUGGCGGCUUCGAUCGCUUUCAUUCAACACCAAUGGUUGACGCUUUCACGUAACCCAUUGAAGAUCCGCCAGAUCGAUACGGUGACUGGUAUUCUUGGGAACGCUCUGUCGUUCUGUGAAAGUCGGAUAUGGUUACGCUUCCCCCUGCUUACCAUGCUGGCUAUUGUUACAUGGCUACUCCCGAUUGCUGCCGUUGUCACACCAGCAACCAUAAACGUUGUCGCAAGGGAUGAUAUCACGAGUAGCGAUAGUGCUCCUCCACAGCUGUAUCUGGACCCUAACUCGUACGGCAAUCUGCAAACCUUGGUGCGAUCAGAUUACAUCGGACCCUCGCCAGACACCCUACGUACAGCCUACGGUAGCGCUAUGACAGGUCAGAUACUCGGCAUCACGCAAGCAAACCCCAACAUGACCUACACUCUGCAAUUCCUCGGACCGGCCCUGCGCUGCGACCACGCUGAUGCUGCUCUUGUGAGCGAUGUGUAUGACUCCUACAUGGACUAUUUCACCGGCAUUGAAAAUCAAUACUACUACAUGGCAUGGGUGCCUAUCAGCGAUGAUAGAGGCAAUCUAUCUCGUGCCUUUGGAGACGAUGCCGCCUCUCUGGACACAGUAUCUACCGACGCUGCGCAUUUGUACAUCAUCCCCAACACUUCUAUUACAGGGCCAAUGUUUGUAGGUGGAAUGCCAAUCACCUCGGAUGAUAUGCAUUACGGAUAUCAAGAUCUUCUCGACUGCAGUUUGCACAACGCAUCGUACAAAGUAUUCUUCAACUUCACGUUUCCAACUCAAAGCAUAGAUGUGGUGUCCCGGGAGCUGCUUAAUCCUGUCAACGUCUCGAUCGACAUUUCAGAGUGGCAGCGCUCAACUGGACCACCUGAUGUUACCGCUCGGCAAGCACAGCGUAUUAGUUAUCAAUCAAUAAUGGAUUCUUUCGGUCGACUGCUUGCCGGCUACGAAUGGUCCAGGGACGGCUUCGUGGUCACGGAAAAGACCAGCUGGAACAUGAUUGCGAUCGAUUGGACGACUCGAGAUGGGACUCAGAGAGGCCUCGAACAAUUGUUCCAGAACAUCACGCUCAGCAUGCUCGGCACAUCAUCCUUGACGCAAAACCAAGUCCCCGUCUCCGUCAUCACCAGCGUGAACGUCUACUCGUACGACCCACGCGAUCUCUGGCUCGCAUACGGCGUAGCUUGCGGAGCCACUCUGGUAUCAACUCUUCUGGGUCUCUAUGCCAUGUGGCGCAACGGCGGUGUUGGCUAUCAGAGCAUCUUCUCCACCUACAUUCGGACGACGCGGAAUCAAGCGUUGCAGGAUCUCAUCGAGCAAGACGACCACGGGACGGAGCCCCUGCCCAAGAAGCUUGCCGAGACGAGCAUUAUACUGGAUACUUGA